AUGACUUCGAGAGCAAGUGCGGCUAUCAUAUGGAAUCCUUUCCGAUUGAAAUUAGCAGCUGGUGGUUCAGGUGGUUUAGAUGAUAUUUACAUUGCUCCUGGAAGGAAAUCUCUUUAUCUUGGUGCAACAAGUGGAACGAGUGUUAGUCAUGUGGCUGAUGUAGUAGGUCCUACUGGUACAGUCUAUGCUGUCGUAAACGAACAAACCUCAUCUUGCAGGAUGCUCGGAGGAAUGGUAGAUGUCAUCUUUGCCUAUGUAGCACAAUCAAAUCAAGCAGGAAUCCUCUAUUCGAACGCUCAUCAUUUGCUCAAACAUGGUGGUAGCAUUCUAAUAUUGAUCAAAGCAAAUUGUAUCAACUCAAGUGCUCCGGCCAAAGUUUCACUCUUUCAGACUCUAUCCACAGCUCAAGAAUCAUGA